AACACAAUUUUUAAUUUCUACAAAUAUUUUAAUAUUUUUAAUGAAAUUUUCUCUAACCAAUUUGGCAACACGGUAAUCUUCCGCUGUUUGCGAUAAGAAGAGAUCUUUCUCUACGGAUAAGAGCGAUAAGAACACCGCUAAAAGGUCAAGACAUGUCGUAACACAAAUCAGUUUGCUGCGAGACAUGAUGAAGUUCGCAUCUCAAUUAUUAAAAUUGGCUGGCGGUACCUUCAUCAAACUUCUAAUGGAUAAAUCGUACGAUCUGUGGACUGGAUUCCUUUCCAUGUCCAGGGCUGGACAAGCAAUCAUAGCUUCAAUCCUAUUGAUUACUUUUACAAUAGGAUUUUACUUCAUAUGCAAGAAAAAGAAGACCGCUAAAAGGAUAAGUAUGGACCUGCCAUUACCUGUUUAUUGUAGACGCGCCAUGUGUCCUGACAUUAGAUUAAAGAUCAUAGACAAAGAAGAAGAAAUGAUGGAAAAUGGAGGUCUCAUAGAACGAAACAAAUAAAACGGAGCUUCCUCAAAAUCAAGAAAAAAGAAAAAGGCUGUUAAUAUAUUUAUAUAUUUAUUUAUUUAUUACAAAUACCCUCUUGUAUCAAGAAUUCUAAAUUCUAAUUUUAUAAUGAUUAUGUUAAGGCAUUUUUAGCAUGUUUCCAUUUUGUAUUUUUAUAAAGUUACAAUUACAAACUUAU